CUCAACAUACAUAUGAGCUAUAAAUGACACAUAUUGGUCUUCUACUCUAACAUGCAAUCAAUUUCCUCGUACCUAUCACAAGUGUCUGCUGCAAAGGGUUUAAUGUGAUCUUUUCAUUGUUUUCUAUAUCCUCCACCAGAUAAAUUCUGCUGUGUGUCAAGCUCUUGUUUGUAAGGAAUAAAACCUGUCAAGAUGGUGAAGUUCACAGUUGAUGAACUUCGACGGAUCAUGGAUCUCAAACACAACAUUCGGAAUAUGUCUGUUAUUGCUCAUGUCGACCACGGAAAAUCAACUCUAACUGAUUCUCUUGUGGCUGCUGCUGGCAUUAUAGCACAAGAGGUUGCAGGAGAUGUUAGGAUGACAGAUACCCGUCAAGACGAAGCUGAGCGUGGCAUAACGAUCAAGUCAACUGGUAUUUCUCUCUACUAUGAGAUGAGUGAUGGUGAUUUGAAGAAUUUCAAGGGAGAACGUGAAGGGAACAAGUACCUUAUAAACCUCAUUGACUCGCCUGGACACGUAGAUUUCUCGUCUGAGGUCACAGCCGCACUUCGCAUCACCGAUGGAGCACUUGUCGUGGUGGAUUGUGUUGAAGGGGUUUGUGUACAAACUGAAACUGUGCUGAGACAAGCACUUGGAGAAAGGAUUAAACCUGUUUUAACUGUUAACAAAAUGGAUAGAUGUUUUCUUGAGCUUCAUCUUGAUGCAGAAGAGGCAUACUCGACGAUUCAAAGAGUCAUUGAGAGUGUGAAUGUUGUCAUGGCAACAUAUGAAGAUGCUUUACUUGGUGAUGUUCAGGUUUACCCUGAAAAGGGAACAGUUUCUUUUUCUGCUGGUUUACAUGGAUGGUCUUUUACUCUCACCAACUUUGCUAAGAUGUAUGCUUCAAAGUUUGGAGUUGAUGAGGAGAAGAUGAUGAAUAGGCUUUGGGGUGAAAAUUUCUUUGACUCUUCAACCAAAAAGUGGACUAACAAGCACACAUCGACGCCUACUUGCAAGCGCGGUUUUGUACAGUUUUGUUAUGAACCAAUCAAGCAGAUUAUUGAACUUUGUAUGAAUGAUCAGAAGGAUAAGUUGUGGCCGAUGUUGCAGAAGCUUGGGGUUAAUUUGAAGUCGGAGGAGAAAGAAUUGUCAGGAAAGGCUUUGAUGAAGCGUGUUAUGCAGAGUUGGCUCCCAGCUAGUAGUGCCCUUUUGGAGAUGAUGAUUUUUCACCUUCCUUCUCCUACCAAGGCUCAAAAGUAUCGUGUCGAGAAUUUGUAUGAGGGCCCCCUUGAUGAUCCUUAUGCUUCUGCAAUCCGAAAUUGUGAUCCUGAAGGACCUUUAAUGCUUUAUGUCUCAAAGAUGAUUCCUGCAUCUGAUAAGGGUAGGUUUUAUGCUUUCGGUCGUGUUUUUUCAGGUAAGGUUUCAACUGGUAUGAAGGUCAGAAUUAUGGGACCAAAUUAUAUCCCUGGGGAGAAGAAAGAUUUGUAUGUGAAAAGUGUUCAGAGAACAGUUAUUUGGAUGGGAAAGAAGCAAGAAACCGUGGAGGAUGUCCCUUGUGGAAAUACAGUUGCCAUGGUGGGUUUGGAUCAAUUCAUUACCAAGAAUGCUACUUUAACAAAUGAGAAAGAAGUCGACGCACACCCUAUUCGAGCUAUGAAGUUUUCAGUGUCACCUGUGGUAAGUGUAGCAGUUACAUGCAAGGUUGCAUCGGAUCUUCCCAAGUUAGUCGAAGGCCUUAAACGGUUAGCAAAGUCAGAUCCCAUGGUGGUAUGCACAAUUUCAGAGACUGGAGAACAUAUCAUAGCUGCUGCUGGUGAGCUGCAUCUUGAAAUCUGCUUGAAGGAUUUGCAGGAUGAUUUCAUGAAUGGAGCUGAGAUUACAAAAUCAGAUCCUAUCGUUUCUUUCCGCGAGACUGUGCUUGAGAAGUCUAGCCAUACUGUGAUGAGCAAGUCACCAAACAAACACAACCGUUUAUACAUGGAAGCAAGGCCAAUGGAGGAAGGGCUUGCUGAGGCCAUUGAUGAUGGAAGGAUUGGACCAAGGGAUGAGCCAAAAAAUCAUUUAAAAAUAUUGUCUGACGAGUUUGGUUGGGACAAAGAUCUUGCCAAAAAAGUAUGGUGUUUCGGACCUGAGACUACAGGUCCCAACAUGUUGGUAGACACAUGUAAAGGCGUACAAUAUCUGAACGAAAUCAAGGACUCCGUCGUUGCAGGUUUUCAGAUAGCGUCAAAAGAAGGUCCAAUGGCUGAUGAGAACCUGCGAGGAGUCUGUUUUGAGGUUUGUGAUGUUGUUCUUCAUACUGAUGCCAUUCACAGAGGUGGCGGCCAGAUCAUUCCAACUGCUAGAAGAGUGUUCUAUGCUGCUAUGCUUACAGCAAAGCCAAGACUUCUAGAGCCGGUGUAUCUGGUUGAAAUACAAGCACCUGAACAUGCUCUUGGAGGUAUAUACAGUGUUCUUAAUCAGAAAAGAGGUCACGUGUUUGACGAAAUCCAGAGGCCUAACACCCCACUUUACAAUGUUAAGGCAUACUUGCCUGUUAUUGAAUCAUUUCAAUUCAAUGAAUCAUUAAGGGCUCAAACUGGAGGACAAGCUUUCCCUCAGUUGGUAUUUGACCACUGGGAUAUGGUGCCAUCUGAUCCGUUAGAACCCGGGACACCAGCCGCUGCACGUGUUGUCGAGAUAAGAAAAAAGAAAGGUUUAAAGGAACAACUGAUUCCUCUCUCCGAGUUCGAGGACAGGCUUUAAUGUGUCAAUAAAUUAUUCUAGAAACGAUGUUUGUAUAGUUUCAUUGUUUCCUGUUUUUCCAUUUUGUGUGUGUAAGGGUCAUGUUGCUGUGAUUUUAAAUAUUUUAAUUAUAAUUUCUUAAUAGUACUGUCCUAGAUAUUUCAAUUGUAGUUUCUCAUUUACUCAUUUGUUUUCUAAUAGUAUACAAUUUCAUUUUUUAA